CUUAUCGACUUUUCGGUUUCGCCUUUUCUUCCCAAGAUCUAUGAAGACCUGUCUCUAAUUAGCUAGGUACCUACCCUACCUUGUAGAUCCGUGGAGCUUUAAAGGCUCUCGCCGCGACAAUGAAUACGUACGCGAUGCGUACCUUUCUGCUUGCUCUGGUGGCGCGUGUAUCCGGUCUCGGUGCAAGACAGCCGCCAGAGCUGACUACGGUCACUAUUCGUUCGGUGACAAUUACAUCCACGAGGACGGUUACCACUAAUUCAGUCUUGUGGGCAAAUACCACCAUGAAGACCUUGCCCCCAAUCGAACCCUCCACCGCAUCCGUCUCUAAUAUCACUGGAGGAAUCCCGGGCACAGGUGCUACAGCAGCAACUUCGGCCAUCACAGAGGUUUCGGUUAGCAGGACUAAGGGUUCAUGUAUAACUAUUACCCCUAACCUAUCGAUUCGGCCCUCCCCACCCUCUCCAACAAAUUCCACAGCGGUGUCAAGGUCGACUGAGGGGGGUCAAAAAAUGUCUUCCGCCGCCAUUCCCUGGCCACGACCGGGAAUUGCUGACCCCCCAGAGGCCCCAUUAUCAUCCUUCAGUGUAUCCCGCACUACCUCAAGCUCGCCAGUUACCUCAUCUAAGCCCGAUACCAUGUGGAAUAGUACAAGUAUAGGAUGGAGUAGCUCGCCAACGAUAAGCUCGACUAAGCUCCUUAAUUCUACUAGUGAGAGUAGCGAUUUACCAACUUCGACUAGCAGCGAGACGUUCACCACUAAAACCUCGUCGCAAAUCGCUAGUGUGAGCACCGCUACUGCUUCUGAUGGGACGGGAUAUGGCGAGGGUACGGUAAUUCAGCCCACCGUUGACCCAAGUCGCCCCGAUCAAAGCUCAUCUAGCUUUAGUCCCAUGGCUCCUAUUCCAUCGAUCUCCCCUCCCAGCUCAACCAUACACGUGGUCGCUAUCGAUGUGUUAGGAUUUGAAUGAGAUGUCUAGGACGAAGGACAUUUUCAGUACGUAUAGCAGUAGGAACUCGUAGCUAGCUUGGGAGUUCCUUGGGGAAUAACUUAGUUGGUCCUAUGCUUCUUGCUUUACUCAUGAUACAAUAGACAUUCCAUACGAAAUAUUUGGAAUCUGC